CGUUCCACGCAGGCGCGGAAGGCGAGCAGCGCGAGGUUAGAAGGCGGGAGGGGUCGGCGGGGUGGGGGAGGGGAUUAGGCGUAGCUGGGCCGUCUCAGACGCUCCUUAGCAUAAGCGUGCUUCGCGGAGCUCUCCUAGGUUUCGGUGGUUCGAGACAGUACCGGCCUGCCGCCUUAGUUGUUGAACGGCAGGCAGUGCCAGGUCCUGGAGCGCAACGAGAAGAGCCCCUCUCAGACACGCAGGGAGUCGAGAGGUUGAGUCGCGCGUAGAGCCCUCUGGGACUUGUAGUUCUGAAGAUGGAGCACGCCACACCGUCGCCGAUGCCUCUGGGUCAGGCUGAGGUAUUUCAGGCCCUGCAGCGACUCCACAUGACCAUCUUUUCCCAGAGUGUCUCGCCCUGUGGGAAGUUUCUGGCAGCUGGCAACAAUUAUGGGCAGAUUGCCAUCUUCAGUUUAUCUGCUGCCUUAAGUUCAGAGGCCAAAGAAGAAAGCAAAAAACCCAUGGUGACCUUCCAUGCCCAUGACGGGCCUGUCUACAGCAUGGUCUCUACAGAUCGACAUCUGCUCAGCGCUGGGGAUGGGGAAGUGAAGGGCUGGCUUUGGGCAGAAAUCCUCAAGAAGGGCUGUAAGGAACUGUGGCGUCGUCAGCCUCCAUACAGGACCAGCCUGGAAGUCCCUGAAAUCAAUGCCUUGCUGCUUGUCCCCAAGGAGAAUUCACUCAUUCUAGCUGGGGGAGAUUGUCAGCUGCACACUAUGGACCUGGAAACUGGGACCUUCACACGGGCCCUCCGGGGCCACACAGACUAUAUCCAUUGCCUGGCACUCAGGGAUCGCAGCCCUGAGGUGCUGUCCGGUGGUGAGGAUGGAGCUGUACGGCUUUGGGAUCUCCGUAUAGCCAAAGAGGUUCAGACCAUUGAAGUCUAUAAGCAUGAGGAGUGCUCAAGGCCCCACAAUGGGCGCUGGAUUGGAUGUCUGGCUACUGACUCAGACUGGAUGGUCUGUGGAGGGGGCCCAGCGCUCACCCUCUGGCACCUCAGGUCUUCCACGCCCACCACUGUCUUUCCCAUUCGGGCACCACAGAAGCAUGUCACCUUCUACCAGGACCUGAUCCUAUCUGCUGGCCAGGGCUGUUGUGUCAACCACUGGCAGCUGAGUGGGGAGCUUAAGGCCCAGGUGCCUGGUUCCUCCCCAGGGCUGCUCAGCCUUAGUCUCAACCAGCAGCCAGCAGCCCCAGAGUGCAAGGUCCUGACUGCUUCAGGCAACAGCUGUCGAGUGGAUGUCUUCACCAACCUGGGCUACCGAGCUUUCUCCAUGUCCUUCUGACAUCAUGACCCUCCAUCUCAGGAGCUAGCAUGGGGUUUGUGUUUUGGGAUAGGGUCUUAUGCUUUAGCCCAGGCUGGCCUGGAACUCGCUUUGUGACUCAGCUUGGUCUCAAACUUUGAGCAUUCCUUCUGGCUGUUGCUGAAGUGCUGAGAUUUGGAUCUGUGAACCACUACACUCAGCCUUUUUUUUUUUCUUUUUUUCCUGUCAAAAUAAAGUUUUGGGCUUUU